AGGUGGUGUACGGCGUGGUGGACCUGUACGGGAUGGCCGUCAAGGUGACGAUCGUGCACAACCACAACCACAGCGACCGCCUGCGCCGCAACAACGCCAUCCUGCGCGCGCUGUCCCCCGAGGGCGCGGCGGGGACACCGCGGCGUCCCCACGGCGUCACCGCGGCCGCCGCGCCCCCGCCGCGCCUGCUCUUCCACCCCAACUGCGGCCAGAAGGCGGCCGUGGUCAACGAGGGCCGGACGGCGCUGCGGCCGCAUGCCACGGAUGACUUCAACCACGGCGUGGUGCUGAGCGCGCGGCCCCUCGGGGACAACGAGCUGUUCCAGGUGCGCCUGGACAAGAUGGUGGACAAGUGGGCGGGGUCCAUCGAGAUCGGCGUCACCACCCACAACCCCGCCUACCUGCAGCUGCCGUCCACCAUGACCAACCUGCGCUCAGGCACGUGGAUGAUGACGGGGAACGGGGUCAUGCACAACGGCACCACCGUGCUGGACGAGUACGGCCACAACCUGGACCGCCUCAAGGCGGGGGACACGGUGGGCGUGGUGCGCAGGGACGACGGCACGCUGCACUUCUUCGUCAACGGCGUCGCCCAGGGCCCCGCGGCCUGGAACGUGCCCCCCAACGUCUACGCCGUGGUGGACCUGUACGGGCAGGCGGCACAGGCCACCAUCGUGGACGAGGGAGAGGUGUCCUCGCUGGCUGGGGACGGCUCGGAGGGUGACAGCGGCGGUGGCAGCCCCGAGGGCGCGUCCCCGGGCGCGUCCCCGAGCGACCUGCGCUUCCACCGGCUGCACGGCGCCAACGCCGUCAUCACCAACGGCGGCCGCACGGCGCUGCGCCAGAACUGCCGCUCCGAGUUCAACGACGCCAUCGUCAUCUCCAACCGGUGAGC